AUGGCUGAUCAGCAUGAGGAAAACGUUCAAGAGGAGAAUGUUCAUGAUGAGGAGUCCGUUCAUAACGAUGCGAUACCCGCAGCAGGCGAAGGUCGUGGUCGUGGACGUGGACGUGGUCGAGGUCGUGGUAGAGGCCGUGGGCCAAAUUUUAAUAUUCCGGGCUUUGAUUUCGAACAAUUUUUAGCUGGCAUAGCAGCCAUGCAAACGAAUCAAGUGGAAGUGCAGAAUAUGCACAGAGAGCAGUUGGAUUACCAACAGCAGAGAGUUGGUGCUAAUGUUGAUCGUGAUCUCGUUAUGGCUUUCAUGAGGCUCAAGCCCAUGAAGUUUGAUGGAUCGAACGAUGCAUUAGAUUUCUUAGAUGAAGUAGAGAUGAAUGCUAGACGUCUUAAUGCUAGUGAAAGACAGUCUAUACUGAUGGUGGAGAUGUCAGUAAAAGGAUCUGCGAAGGAUUGGUUUCAAAGGCAUAUUCAACCAAGUAUGGGAGAGAUGACUUGGAAUGAAUUUGUCACUCGAUUUAAGGAAUUCUUUCUGCCGUUUUCAGUAACGGAGAAUCAUCGAGAGAAGUUGUUGAAUCUGAAUAAGAUAGGAAAGACGGUGCAAGAGUAUGUGACAGAGUUCACAAGGUUGAGUCGUUUCACACCUGAUCUGAUGUUGGAUAGAGAUAGGGUGAAUUCAAGGUUUAUUAAGGGGCUAGGACCCGAAUAUAUUGGAUUGCUAUCUGAUGUUAGGAAGGAUUUGGUGCAAAUCAUCGAUAGUGCACGUCAGAUGGAAAGUACUUUGAUCCAAUUUGGAAAGAUCAAUGUUACUGGUGAGCUUGUAAGAGAAGGAACUACUAGUUCGAAUACGAAUAGGUUCAUUGGACCAUAUCGUAAAGGAUUUAAGAAAGGAAAGAAAGAUAGGAGGUUUAGUAUGUCUGGAUCAAGUUCUAGUGGACGAAGUUCAGGAGGAACAGUACCACUAUGUAAUACUUGUGGAAAGAAGAAUUUUGGGGUAUGCUUUAUGACGAGAGGAUGUUACACGUGUGGACAGCAGGGUCAUUUCUCAAGAGAAUGUCCUAUGUCUGGACCACAAGGUUCAAGUGCUAGUGUUGUUCAACCAGUAUUUCAACAACCUAGACCUGUAUAUCCUGCAGUGUCUGGGCAGGCACAGAACCAAAAUGUGUUUAAUGGACAACGUGGAAGAGGAUAUGGUUUUGGUAAUCGUGGUGGAGGAAGGACCACAGGCGGACGAGGAUCUGGAGCAACUGCUAGCGGAGGGCAGGCUAGAGUUUUUGCGAUCAAUCCUCAAGAGGCGAAUGCGUCGAACGCGGUAGUGCAAGGAAUUCAACCUGUGAUUUUGCAAAACCCAUUGUUAGUAGCUACACCUGUAGGCGAAAGCAUAGACGUUACUGUAGUUUAUCCGUCGUGUCCUGUGUUAAUUGGAGAGCGAGAAUUGCUUGCGGAUUUGUUGUUGCUUAAUGUUUUAGAAUUCGACGUCAUCCUAGAAAUGGAUUGGUUGUCGCGACAUUAUGCGAAUGUGGAUUGUAGAGAGAAGAUAGUGACGUUCCAUACACCUGGAACUGAACUCAUCUCUAUACGGGGAGAGAAGUUGGAAACCCCAAAGAGUUUAGUCUCGGAUUUGAAAGCGAGAAAGAUGUUAAGUAAAGGAUGUCAAGGAUUUUUAGCUCUGGUACGAGAUAUUCAGAAGGAAGUUGGAACAGAACUAAAGGAGUUGAAGGAUCAAUUAGAAGAAUUGAUUGAUCGUGGAUUUAUACGACCAAGUGUCUCACCUUGGGGAGCACUUGUGUUGUUUGUAAAGAAGAAGGAUGGAUCUAUGAGACUCUGUAUAGAUUACAGACAACUCAAUAAGGUCACAAUCAAGAAUAAGUAUCCUUUACCCAGAAUUGACGAUUUAUUCGAUCAAUUGCAAGGAGCGAGGUACUUUUUGAAGAUUGAUCUGAGGUCUGGUUAUCAUCAGUUGAAGAUCAGAAAUGAUGAUAUUCCAAAGACUGCAUUCAGAACAAGAUACAAUCAUUAUGAAUUUUUGGUGAUGUCAUUUGGAUUGACAAAUGCACCAGCGGCUUUCAUGGAUUUGAUGAAUCGGAUUUUUAAACCGUUUCUAGAUCAAUUCGUGAUAGUGUUCAUAGAUGAUAUCUUGAUUUAUUCGCGCACAGAGGAGGAGCAUGCGCAACACUUAAGGAUUGUGUUACAGACUUUGAGAGAUCAUCAACUUUAUGCCAAAUUCUCGAAGUGUGAGUUUUGGUUAGAAGAAGUAGCAUUUUUGGGACAUGUAGUAUCUCAAAGUGGGAUUAAGGUGGAUCCUAAAAAGAUUGAAGCUGUGAUGGAUUGGAAAAGGCCAAGUUCAGUGACAGAAAUUCGUAGUUUCUUGGGUUUAGCUGGUUAUUAUAGACGGUUUGUGCAAGACUUUUCUAAGUUGUCUGCACCAUUAACUAAGCUGACUCAGAAGAACGCGAAGUUCAUUUGGACUGAUCAAUGUGAAGUGAGUUUCCAGAAGCUGAAGGAGUGUUUGACAACAGCUCCAGUUCUGGCAUUACCAGAAGGUAGUGAUGGACCUACAGUCUAUUGUGAUGCUUCUAGGAUCGGGUUUGGAUGUGUACUGAUGCAACAUGGACGAGUUAUAGCUUAUGCUUCUCGCCAGUUGAAAAAGCAUGAAGUUAAUUAUCCAACCCAUGAUCUAGAAUUAGCAGCGGUAAUAUUCGCAUUAAAGAUUUGGAGACAUUACCUAUAUGGAGCAAAAUGCGAAAUAUUCACUGAUCACAAGAGUCUGAAAUACAUAUUUGAUCAGAGAGAGUUAAAUCUCAGGCAGAGGAGGUGGAUGGAAUAG